GUGCAAUUGUUACAAUUUCGGUUCAUUUUAAGUGUUUUUUCGCAGUUAACACAAUGCAAAACAAAGUGGCCACCCUGAAGACGCAGACGCCCUUGUUCGGACAGCUGGUCAUCGGUCCUCCCGGCUCGGGGAAAACAACCUACUGCGCCAAAAUGAAACAGUUUCUAGAGAAGCUAGACCGGAACGUUACCGUCGUCAAUCUGGAUCCGGCAAACGAUAACAUGGAGUACGAAAAUACCAUCGACAUCAUGCAGCUGAUAACGGUUCAGGACGUAAUGGAGCAGUUCAAUCUCGGCCCGAACGGAGCGCUAAUCUACUGUAUAGAGUUCCUGGAAGCGAACUUCGGAUGGCUUUUGGAACAGCUGAAAGCUUCCCCCUGCAAGUACUUCAUAUUCGACUGUCCCGGCCAGGUGGAACUGUACACCCAUAACAACGCGAUGAGGAACAUUUUCGAACAGCUGGAAAAACUUGGCUACCAUUUAUGCACGGUUCACCUUGUAGAAUCCCACCACUGUUCCGAACCGCACAAAUUCAUAUCCACGUUACUUCUGUCGCUCCACGCCAUGCUACAGAUGGGACUACCGCACGUGAACGUCCUCAGCAAGGCAGAUUUGUUCAAAGAAUUCGAAUCGAAACUGAUCUUCAAUCUGGAGUACUACACCGAAGUGUUGGACUUGAACUAUUUGUUGGAAUGCGUGGACAGUUCCAUGGGCGGGCCGCAGAACAAAUACAAGAAGCUGAACGCGGCCAUCGUCUCGAUGGUGGAGGACUACAGUUUGGUUUCCUUCAACCUGCUCGACUGCAAUAAGGAGGAUAGUUUGCUUAGACUGAAGAAUGCUAUCGAUAAAGCUAACGGGUACGUGUAUGGUGCUGGGGAAGAAAAGAACCUCAAUACCCUGCUGGCCUGUGCUGUGGGAGCGGAAACGCAGACGGAACGAAUGGAACGGGACGUCAACCCAUAUAAAAGUUAGAUCUAAGAU